AUGAAUAGAUUAUUAAUUACGGAAUUGGGGGAUGCAAUGAGACACGAAUUAAUUAAAUAAGAAGAACAAAAACUGAAAAAGACUGUUUUAGUAAGCAAAGAUUCAUUACCUGAAAUAAAAUCACCAAGCAUAAUUAAUUCAUUACUCCUGGACGUGGACGAUAAUCCAUUGUAUCGCAAGAGCCUAUCAGAUGUGGCACUUAUGAAUCUCACUAAAGCUGCGAAUAUUUCUCUAAACGGAUCUCAAAGCAAGGAUGUCUUGGAAUAACAUAUAAGAGAGGAUUUGCAAAUUCAAAAGAAGAACGACUAUCUUAACAAUUACCUGAAUAAGCAGGUCGAAAAAAUAUUGGACGAUAAAAACUUAAUGACGAAGAGAAAGAGAUAUUUGUUAGGGGAAUUGAGGAGAAUUGAGAUCAAAGAGAAUAACCUCAACAUCAAGAAUAGAAUUUCUACUGAUUAGUCUUAGUUAAGCACUAUUGUCGAGGAUACAGAUAGAGAAAACAAAUUGAUGGCCAUCAUCAACACAGAAGGCAAGUUGCUUUAAUUGUAAAGGAGAUACGAAAAAAAGAAAUAAGAUGAUGAAGCUCUAAAGCUGUAGGUUAAGAAUAAUUAUUCCAAACAUAAAGACAUAGAAGAUAUGCACAUUGAAGCUAUGCCAAUCCUAACUUAAGAACAGUUGGAACAAGGCAUUCAAAAUUUGUAUCACAAUUCCGAUUUGUCAGAACACCGAUUCUAAUAGAGGUUGCUAGACAAACACAAGGAGAUUGCCACGAAAGUCUGGAAAUAAUAUCAUUACCCAAAAAGGCACAAGAAGUGGAUAUAAAUCUAAAAGAAAGUUUUGAUGUGA